AUGUGUGUCAUUGCGACUCCUGCGAACAUAUGCACUCGCCGAGCUUAUAGCGCCCGUCUCAGCUCAGACCGGUCUGGGCGGAGAUCAGUACGACGACUGCCACCGGCGCCUCGGAAAGGCGGCGAUGGCGAGGACAUACCCCCCGCAGCAAACAAUCCCGAAAGUGUCGCCGUGACCCCAACGAUAGCUUCCGUCGUACCGGUUCGAAUCGGACCAUCACCCCCAGAUGCCGCCCUGUCAACAACUUCAAAGUCCUAUGCCCUGCUCUCCAACCCGGCGCUCGUUGUUACGAGGCAGAUAGAGCUCCUGAACGUUAUUAUUGGGUUCGAGCAGGGUAACAAGUACAAAGUCACGGAUUCAAAUGGGAAAGAUGUGGGGUUUAUUGCGGAGGAGGAGACGUCGUUUGGGGGCACCAUAAGCAGGCAGCUUUUGAGGACUCGACGUCCAUUUAAGGCGAUUGUGACGGAUAUGCAGGGGAAUGUCGUAUUGAAGGUGGAGCGACCAAUGAAAUGGCUCCUAAACAGUACGAUCACUAUCACCGAUGAGAAUGAUAACCACAUCGGGGAGGUCAAACAGGUCUGGCACCCAUGGCGGAGGAAGUACGAUCUGUUCCUCAAACAGAAGCAGGUGGCAUACAUCGAUGAGGGCUUUCUGGCCUGGGACUUCCAAAUUCGAGCGGCGGAUGGCUCUGUCAUGGCAGCCGUGAAUAGGAACUUCUCCGGAUUCGCUCGUGAGAUCUUCACGGACACGGGUGCUUAUGCUAUUCAUAUGGAUGAUGCGACGCACACACACGACGGCCUAUCUCUAGAUGUUCGUGCGCUGUUACUCUCAUGCGCCAUCAAUAUCGACAUCGAUUACUUCAGCAGGCAUUCAGGACAUGGAGCGGGGUUCAUGCCUAUUCCUAUGUUCGGCGGCUAUGGCAACUCCGAGUCGGGAAACCAGUCAAACGCCCCUGUACCUAGCAAUAUGCCAGAUAGUGGAGCCGUAGCGGGUGGAGUCGGGAGCGGCGUAUUCGGUUCCGUGAUGGGCGGCGGUUCCAGUGGCGCAGCAAAUCCUGGAGCCGACUCGGCCGGAUCAAUGCCCCCACCACCACCACCAGUUGCGCCGCAAGAUGGCGACACCAAUCAGUGGGGCGAGAGUCCUUGGGUGUCGGACGAGGAUUCGGGAGUCUCCAGUAACGUUGGGGACAUUUUUAGGGGAUUUUUCGAUGAUGAUUGA